AACAUCGGUUUGGCGCUGCGGGCGUGACCCGGAACAGUUCUAGUGCUUCGGAGGCGUCGGUGGCAGCGGCGGGAGCCUCUUCGAGUCCGAAGCUGGCGGCAGCGCUAGGAUGAACGCUCCUCCCGCCUUCGAGUCGUUCUUGCUCUUCGAGGGCGAGAAGAAGAUCACCAUUAACAAGGACACCAAGGUACCUAAUGCCUGUUUAUUCACCAUCAACAAAGAAGACCACACACUGGGAAACAUCAUUAAAUCGCAGUUGCUAAAGGACCCACAGGUGCUCUUUGCUGGCUACAAGGUCCCUCACCCCUUAGAGCACAAGAUCAUUAUCCGUGUGCAGACCACACCGGACUACAGCCCCCAGGAGGCCUUCACCAAUGCCAUCACCGACCUCAUCAGCGAGCUCUCCCUGCUAGAAGAACGGUUCCGGGUGGCCAUCAAAGACAAGCAAGAAGGCAUCGAAUAGUGGGCCGGAUCUCCAGGCCUGACCUGCACCAACCCCUUCCCACCAGGCACUGAGCAGAGGAGCCUGGCCAGAAACAGUGGGGACCCUCCCGGUAGCUAUCCUGGUGGGCCACACCGACACUGCCGUGUCCUGUACAUAGGUUCUGUUUCGUCUUCCUAAUAAAGUUGCAGAAAAGACCCUGAA